AGCAUUUGUCAGAAAAAGCUGAAUCUGCAGAGUUUUUAUUGUGGAUUGGAUUAUUCAUGAUGUUCAUGAUGCUCGGUGCCCUCUUGUUGCUGCUUCACCAUCUGUCUUUUGCAGGUCUGGCUCAAGGGCACUACAGUGGAGCUGAUGUGGCCAAACUGAGCAUCCGUCCGGACAGAUCAUUUUUCUUCAGCUACGAGGAAAUCGCACUGAUCUGCUCGUCACCAGAAGGACCGGGCAUCUGGACCGUGAGGAGGAACACGUCCAAGCAGACGGCUCAGCGGUGCCAGAAGGGCUGGGGCACCCCCAGGGGGUCCACCUGCACCAUCAACGACUCGGACAGGUCAGACAUUGGUGUCUACUGGUGCGAGACCGAGAGUGGGAACCGCAGCAGCACCGUCAACAUCACAGUGACAGAGGGCCCUGUGAUUCUGGAGAGUCCCGCACAGCCUGUGUCUGAGGGCGACGAUGUGACUCUUGGCUGCUCCUGCAGAGAAGGCGGGUUGGCGCACACAUCAGACUUCACCGCGUCGUUCUACAAGGACGGGAUUUUCAUCGGAAAUGAGGACGGAGGGAAGAUGCUGCUUCGCACCGUCUCCGCGUCAGACGAAGGCUUCUACCAUUGUGUACACCCGUCAGGAGAACAGUCACCGCGGAGCAGGCUGAGCGUUAAGAGCCGACCUCAGACCGAGGCCCCCACCACUUGUCCUCCUUCUCUUCCUCCUCGUCAUCCUGACAAGCUUCUGCUGGUGUUUGGCGUGCUGCUGUUCAUCCCCCCCGCCUUCAUACUGAUACUGGCCAUAUACUUGUACCGAAAGUGGGCUCGAAGAAGACACUUUUCUCACCGUGGCCUGAGAUGAAGCUCAAAGAAAAACGGCUGCCUGUUCAGUUCAGUCCACCCAACACACUGACGGGGCCCAUAGUUAUGUGGUGCAAUUAGGCUAAAGCAGAAUGUUAAUGGUCUACAGCUUUCUACUGGUGCUCGCAGCUUUUCAAACAGCCUGGCUCUCAGGAAGGAUGAAUAAAAGAGGUCCACACACCACAGCUCUAGUUUAAAUGUUUAUUUAAACACAACACAAACCUAACAGAGGAAACUUCGUAAGAAAAUCAGUAGCAUCAGUAAUGUAAUGUGUUUAGGGAUAUGUGUGUGUAUAAGUAAAUCAGACCAUGCAAUGACGAAAGGCAACACAAACCCAACUACAAACCAGCGCU